AUGCAAGGUAUGUCGAUUCCAAGUGCGGAGCAACUCAACGAUAGUGGUCGAUGCAUAUGUGUGUGCAAGAAACAUGGGGAUCCCCAUGUCAUUUCAAUAGCAACCUGGUACCGACAUCUCCACGACGCUGGUACGCAAGAGGAGAAAGAACAUAUUCGAACUGGAAGACUGUUACGAGGAGGUAGCUUGCAACCUCCGAGUCAGAUCCCUGGCUCUGCCACUAGCAGCGCUUCUGGAAGUGCCACUCACAACGGUUCAGAGCCUCCGAACAUUCACGGCAAUGUUGCGAUGGACGAGCAAGAUGACGAUGCUGCCUGGAGAAUUGGGCGUCGGAAGCGUGCUCGGAUCGCUAAGAUCGACCCAGUUGACCACGUCGAACAGGAUGAAAUCCCGAUGAUAACCAUUACCUUCCGGAUGAUCAAGACAAUUUUUUCCAUCGGCUUCAAUAUCCUCCACCUGCCAGACACACACCGUCUCCCCCUCCUGCCAGACACACACCGUCUCCCCCUCCUGCCAGACGCACGCCGUCUCCCCCUCCUGCCAGACGCACGCUGUCUCCUCCACCUGCCAGACGCACGCCAUCUCCUCCUCCUGUCAGAUGCACGCCGUCUCCCCCUCCUGCCAGACGCACGCCGUCUCCUCCACCUGCCAGACGCACGCCGUCUCCUCCACCUGCCAGACGCACACCAUCUCCUCCUCCUGCCAGACGCACGCCAUCUCCUCCUCCUGCCAGACGCACACCAUCUCCCCCUAUAG